AAAAGAAUGGAAGGUGGGCGCAAGAUUAGCUUCUCUGACUGAAAACCAGUUACUCAUUUUACAAAAAAAAUGCUUUUAUGAUUACCAGUAACUACAAAGAGUGUAUGUACUAAUCUGAAGGCAUAACUGACUCCUUGUAUUCAGACAAAAAGGAAACUGCUGAGGUAUAUUUCUACUUUUCUUCGGGCAUGAUUGGUAACGACAGCUAAGCAGCACCAGUCGCUCUUCGCCGCAUCUAGCCGCUCCGACACUUUGAAAGGAACUGUCCCCCCACCUGCUUUCUUACAGACAUGCCUAUUCAGUUGACUAGUCAGGCGUACUGUAAAAUGCUUUUACAUGCUGCUAAAUAUCCCCACUGUGCUGUGAAUGGGUUGCUGGUGGCUGAAAAGACAAAAGAGAAGAAGAAAGAUGGUCACAGUGGUCCAGUUUUGUGCGUGGACUGUGUCCCUCUUUUCCACGGUACUCUUGCUCUAGCACCAAUGCUGGAAGUAGCUUUGACACUGAUUGAUACUUGGUGUAAAGAAAAUAACUACAUCAUUGUUGGAUAUUAUCAAGCCAAUGAACAGACGCAGGAUUCUAGGCCAAAUCAAGUUGCUCAAAAAGUGGCUGCCAGGAUUUCUGAGAACUUCAAUGAUGCAGUUAUUGUUAUGGUGGACAGCAGCAGAUUAACAAUGAGCUGUUUUGAGCCUAUUCUGUUUAUCUAUGAUUACAUUGAAAACAAGUGGAAAAAGAGAGAGGUAACAAUGGAUGCUUUUGAGGACUGGAGCGAAGCACAGAAGAUCACAUCGGCUUUGCUGGUGGGCAGGUCCUAUGAGAACUUGAUUGACUUUGACAACCACUUGGAUGAUCUAAGAAAUGAUUGGACCAACCCUGCCAUUAACAAGUGUGUCCUGGAUCUAUGUUAAGACAAUCAGCCCAAGUCUUCAGAGUACCAUGUGAAAUUUUGCAGCCAUUUCUGCUUGCAUGAUGCUAAAUCAGAAACCUCCUGCACUGAAAGAAUCGGUGGAGCACUGAUCCCCAAGGCUGAAAUCUCUCAAGUGCAGUCACCACACAUGCACUGUUAGCCUGUGUCCACCUUUACAAGGUGAUACUUAGGUGAUAAAAGCAGUUUGUUCUUAAAUUAAACUUUUCUGGCUUUUGAAAUGGUUUGUUUAUUUGGAUAUGUGCAAAAGCUCUAGAGUAUUUGAUUUCUGCUAAUUCAAUAGCUAGUAGCCAUGAUGAAAUCAAGUUCUAACUAUUUAAUGAAGCAUAGGUAAUGAUUUUAUUUUAAAAUGUGAGAAUAAAUCUAAAGAGAUCACUUCUAAAUGUUAAGCUUUCGGAAGGUUCAAAACAAAAUUCACAUAUUUAAAUGUGCCCUGAUGCUGGAAAACCUUCCCUGACCUACUUUAAUGCUUCAUGCAUACACACGUCUGUGUUGUUUUUUUUGCUUAUUUUCAUCACAAUGUUUUUGGAUGUUAGUUUUGGCUCUACAAGAGAUGUACAGAAAGGUUUAAAUAUGCUGUACGUAUUUAAAUGUCGGAACUGUAUCGGGUCAAAGGAAUGUGUGGAUUUUGUUUUGCAAUAGAUGCUUGCUUGAAUGACUAGUUUAUAGGUUGUGUGUGUGUGUGUUCUUAAUUGACUUCUCUAAACCACUUAAAUGUUUUAAUUAUAAACAGAUUUUCAGGUUAUAGGGCUGCCUUUGAGGUAGAACUGUGCAGAAUUAACAAAAGAUUUGUUUAAAAACGUGACAUUUUUACAGAACCUGUAUGAACUGAAUGUAGAAUGAAAUUGAUUUCUGAAAGAGUCAGGAUACUCACUGAACUCUUUUUCAUUUGUGAAAUAAAUUUCCAAUCUUUUAUGCAACUGUCCUGAUUGUUUUUAACACUAUAACAAGGGUAUUGCAGAUAAGCAGUGCCAUACUAAAAGUUUCUUGUUAUAUAACAUACUUCAAUCUGUUGAUUCGUACUAAAAUUCUGAAGUAAAAAUGUAGAAAAAGCAGUGAUGAAUAUUUGGAAGUGAGAGUUUGCAUUUCUGAAUAUGAUUGUGAUGAAUAUAAUAAAGUAAAAUAACAUGAUCCAUA